AUGAGUGUCAAGAAUCACUCAGCUCCAGGUGAUACCAGCAGCAAGCAAACACAAACACGGAGAAGCAAUGACUGGAAGUUUGUGCAGCCACAGAGUGCAGAGGAGUCACCCCGAGCCGGCCUUGAAGCACCAAAUCCUUGUCUGGCUCUGCUCUGUCCUGCCUGUGGGCAUCCGACUCUCAAACCCACAUCGCAGCUGCUGCUCAGAGAGAGGAGCAGAAGCCAGAACCUUCUGAGAGACAUCACCUCUCCUUCAAGAAAGGAACCUUCAGAAAAUGCAGCCUGCAUCUCCAAGGCCAGAUCUGUGUGGUUGGCCAGCCCUGGCAACAAAGGAGGAGAGGAACUUGAUGUGCCCAACAUAUAUCGAGUACCCCGAUUUAUGAAGUCCUUUAAGGACCCUGCCCCCGGGCCCCGCCCUACUGCUUCCGGGAAAUCCCAGCCCAGUUUCCGUCCUGGAGGUUGGGUCCCUGGCUGUCCUGACGCCCUGCCCUGCGCGAGGCUUCUGGACGACGGUUGCUGGGUCACUGGGCCGAUUCUCAGUGAUCCUUCUGAUAUUUCACAUGAGGAAACGAAGGAAAUGAAACAACAGGUGAACAGAAGUAAAAAUAGUUUUUGUCCUCCACAAGGAAUAUUCAAUAAAGUAAUUACAGAUGGAGUUAUGUUCAUUAUAUUAUGGAUUCUACUCUGGUCCCUUAUUGGUCAAGAUGUUCUCCCUGGUGGAAAUUUAUUUGGACUAUUAGUUAUUUUUUACAGUGCCUUUCUUGGGGGGAAAAUCUUAGAAGUCAUUAGAAUACCUAUAGUGCCCCCCCUUCCACCUCUUAUUGGGAUGUUACUGGCUGGUUUCACCAUCAGGAAUGUCCCGUUUCUUUAUGAGUUUGUCCAUAUUCCUACCACAUGGUCUUCAGUUUUAAGAAAUACUGCCCUUACUAUUAUCCUAAUACGAGCUGGGCUUGGACUGGACCCAGAAGCUUUGAAGCAUCUGAAGACAGUUUGUUUGAGGUUGUCAUUUGGUCCGUGUCUCAUAGAAGCAUGUUCAGCUGCUUUUUUCUCCCACUUCCUUAUGGCGUUUCCUUGGCAAUGGGGGUUCCUAUUAGGCUUUGUUCUAGGCGCUGUCUCUCCAGCUGUUGUCGUUCCCUCCAUGCUGUUGUUGCAAGAAAAUGGAUAUGGUAUUGAUAAAGGCAUUCCAACCUUGCUAGUGGCUGCUAGCAGUAUGGAUGACAUUGUGGCCAUCACUGGAUUCAACACAUUCCUGAGCAUAGUCUUUUCCUCUGGUAGUAUAAUUAGCAAUGUCCUAUCGUCCUUGAGGAAUGUAUUUGUUGGUGUGCUGGUAGGAAUUGUUAUGGGAUUUUUUAUUCAGUAUUUUCCAAGUGAAGAUCAGGUGAAAGUUACACAGAGGCGAGCCUUCCUUGUUCUGAGUAUGUGUAUUUCUGCUGUCUUAGGCUGUCAGUACUUUGACUUACAUGGAUCUGGAGGACUGAUCACACUAGUGUUGUCGUUCAUGGCAGCAAAAAAAUGGGCUAAAGAGAAAGUUGGAGUCCAAAAAAUUGUCGCAAACACCUGGAAUAUUUUUCAGCCACUUCUCUUUGGCUUAGUUGGAACAGAAGUAUCUGUUGAGGCUCUGGAGUCGAGAACUAUUGGUAUGUGUAUUGCUACCUUGGGUUUGGCAUUAUCUGUUCGAAUUUUAGCCACUUUUACACUCAUGUCUUUUGCUGACUUUCGUUUUAAGGAGAAAAUAUUUAUUGCUUUAUCGUGGAUCCCCAAAGCUACAGUCCAGGCGGUCUUAGGUCCUCUGGCUCUAGAAACAGCGAGAAGAGUCGAGGCUCCCCACCUCGAAGCAUACUCAAAAGAUGUGAUGACGGUAGCCUUCCUAGCCAUCCUGAUCACAGCUCCAAAUGGAGCUCUCCUCAUCGGCAUUCUGGGACCCAAAAUACUUGAACGUGGUGAUGUGACAGUCCCUUUAAAAGUAGAUAUAUCAAAUUUUGAACCUUAA